CGCGUGAAAAUGGUGAAAAAAUUUGUGAUUCCUUUAAUAAAGGACGAGCUUUUAACUUCACAUGCUGGGCAGUAUUUUGUCGAAGAGAUUAUUCCUUUACGGGCGCUAUCUGAAGCUCUUGAGUCUACACGAUUAGCAUUGCAAUCAAAUGGAGCACAUUUUAUUUUGAAUCAUUUUGACUCAUUUUUUUCUGUUAUUGUUCAUGGCAAUAAAGUAGAACUUCAGGUCUGUCUACGUUUUUUCAGUAGAAUUCACAAGGCUGUGAAAUUACUUUUGGAUGAACAGGAAAAAAUAUUUGAUCAUGGCAAAGAUAUUACAGAAGAAGAGGAUAGGGAAAUAUAUCUAUGCAUUAACAAUAUGUUGGCAUAUUUAUUUUCAUGGUUUAUUUGUCAUAUUGAAGAACAUGUAAAAAAUAUAAGAGAGAACAAUAUUGGAAAGCGUAAGAAAGUCACAAAAUCAGAUAUUGAAGAAGAAUGGGAGGAAUCCAGGCAGAAAGCAUUGGAACUUCUAUAUAGAUGGCUACAGAUUCCAUUGCAUAAAAUAUGGAGACCGCCUAUUGUUGAUAAUUCAUUUGUCAUGACUUUAGCACAGAUAUGUUAUAAGAUAUUAGAACAGAGUAAGGAUGCUAAGCAAAAACACACAAGAGAAACUAUAUUUGAGAUUCUAGGAACUUUAGUUAAAAAAUACAAUCAUGGAAUAACUUGCAUUGUGAGGAUUGUCCAGUUGGUAAAAUUAUAUGAUGCCCUGGCAAUACCAAUAGCGGCUGGCGUAGUACAUAUGAUUACUGAAUGUGGCUGCAAUGGUUUGAUAAAAGAAGUGAUGAAUGAGAUAGGCCAAAACGAAGUUAACGAAACGGAUAGUCGUAAUAUGUCUAUAUUUCUGGAAAAUAUUGCAAUUUCACAGCCCAAUCUCAUAAUUCCCAUUCUCGACAACAUCACAGAUUAUCUGUCAAGUGAAUUUUAUACAAUGAGAAACUGCGUGAUUGGAAUCUUGGGUGCCAUAGUGCAAAAAGCAUUGACUGGUGAAGACCUAACGGAUAAACAAAAAGAUCAACGUGACGAAUGUCUGGAUAAUUUGGAAGAGCAUAUGUUAGAUUGUAAUGCUUACGUUAGGUCGAAAGUGCUUCAGACUUGGCAACGCUUGUGCUGUGAAGGCGCUGUGCCAUUAGCAAGACACGGAAAACUUUUAGCCUACACCGCAUUACGAUUAGAAGAUAAGAGCGCAAAUGUUCGCAAACAGGCUCUUCAAUUACUGCGUACUCUGUUGCAAAGCAAUCCUUUUGCAGGCAAGUUAAAUUGCGUUGAACUCUCUAAUUCACUCAAUAAAGAGAAGGAAAAAUUACAAGAAUUACAAAUCAAUAUCGUGAGUGCUAGUGGACGUGGUAACGAACAAAGAUUCCAGCUUUGGACUGUUUUACAAUCUGAUAUAAAGGCAGCAAUUAAGGAAAUUCUGAAAGAUAAUGAAGAAUAUACAGAUAAUGUAGAACAAGAGAACAUCGAUCCAAAUUAUGCGUUUGAGCAUGUGAGACAAUUAUUAUUAAGCCGAAAAGUCACUGAAGCAGUGACAUACCUGUGGAAGACAUGUAUGACACUAGAGCAAAUUUCUGGAAUGGAAAAUUUUUCCACUGCUACAAAAGAGGAAUUUUUACUUUCCUUUUUAUUGAAGAUUUUCAUAGAGUCAGAAAAUGAAUCGCCAAAUGAUGAAAAUGCAAACGACGCGCAAAGUUCAACUUCAGAACAAAACAAUAAGAAAGAGGAAUUAAGAUUACGAAAACGUGUUAUUGAUUAUUUAAAAAAUUGUCUGAAGUUUGCUACUGAGUUGGAGAAGGCGAUACCAAUGGCAGAAAAAUUACUGUUUUCUACAUGUGCUGGAGAUGCUGUUGAAUCAUGCACAUUUUUAGGAACUGCUUUUCAAUUCAGAGUAACCGGAGCGGCCGACUCUAUGCGUGAAGCUCUGUUUCAAAUAUUCCAUCGCGAUCAAUCUGUGCGUAAUAACGUGGCUGUAGUGUACAAAGAGAUCUAUCUUAAUAUGAAUAACAACAAACUAUCAAUCCGUCAAAUAGCCGUUGCUCGUGCGAAUCGUUUAAUCGAAUUGAUGAAGGAAUUAAAGCCUGGACAGAGCUUGGCUUUGACACUACUAAUUGUAACGUGGUAUGAAAACGGAGAAUUAAAUAAUGAAUUGUUGCAAGUAUUAUGGGAAAAAUUCUCCAUGAAAUAUCCGGACACUUCUCCAAUAGAUAGCAGAACCGCGUUAAUGAUAAUAACGAUGAUAGCUCAGGCAAAAUCUAACAUAGCAUCUGAUAAUCUGGAUGUGUUAAUGAAGAUAGGAUUUGGUCCACGCGCGAAAGGCGAUCUUCUUUUAGUACGAGAUGCUUGUAGAAUGUUGUUAAAAAUCAAACAAAAUAGCAAGGAUGUCGAAAAGCCACCUUUGAGGUAUCCUAAUGAUCAUAAUAUGUUCAAAGAGAUCAUAACGUUAUUAAUAGAGUUUUUUACUAGUACAGAAGAAAAUGCUUACAUUUCUUUUGCGACAGAUGCAAUUAAUGCUAUAUAUCAUUUGGCGAAUCAGCCAGAUAAGUUAAUAAAGGAAUUAUUAUUGAGCAUCACCGAAAAGAGUCAGUUUAUGAAUAAAGAAACAAAUGAAAUAUUAGAUGUAUCGAGCUUUAUACUCUCCAAAUUACUUUACAUAAUUGGACACGUUGCCAUCAAACAGUUAGUUCAUCUAGACGUGUCCAUUUAUAAGGAACUGAAGCGUAGAAAUAUGCUACGAGAAAUGCAGGGUAAAAAAAAGAAACGAAUAACGAAAAGCAUAUGUUCGACAUCUGAUAGGACUAAAUCGACGAACAUGUCAACAAUCUCGAACUCUUCAAGCAUUCAACGAACUUCUCGAAAUAAAGAAACCUCGAUAUUCAAUGAAGAUAAUGGAGAAGAAGCAUUAGAAGGUGCAAUAGACGAUGCUGAGGCGGAGUUUGUAAAUGGCACACUUGAACAUGAAAUUGUUACUGGAGAUGGUUUGCUCACGAAAUAUGUUCCAUUGGUAUUGGAUGUGUGUCAAUAUCCUGAUAAAUAUAACAAUGAAAACGUGCAAGCAGCAGGUUCUCUCGCACUCAGCAAAAUGAUGACUGUCAGCUCCGAAUUUUGCGAACAAUAUUUGAGACUCUUGAUCACUAUAUUGGAGCGAUCGCCAUAUCCCGGAAUCCGAUCAAAUAUGCUGAUUGGAUUAAGUGAUCUUGCUACUAGAUUUCCCAAUCAAGUGGAACCAUGGUCAAAACACAUUUAUGGGAGACUUCGAGAUAAGGAUAUAAACGUGCGUAAAACAUGCGUUCGUAUGUUGUCGAAUUUGAUAAUGAGAGAAAUGAUACGCGUAAAGGGACAAGUUUCAGAAUUAGCUCUAUGUGUCAUUGAUGAAGAUGAACAGAUACGCCGGGAUACUAAAGAAUUCUUCAGUCAACUUGCUCAAAAAGGCAAUGCUCUAUACAAUAUAGUGCCUGAUAUAUUGUCACGCUUAGCAGAUCCUCAGUUGAAUCUUAAGGAGAAAAAUUUCCAGGAAACCAUUAGGUAUAUUCUCAACCUAAUGCAGAAAGAGAAGCAAAUCGAUACUAUAAUUGAUAAGAUUUGCACUAGAUUUAAGUUAGCGGCAACAGAGAGACAAUGGCGUGAUCUUUCCUAUUGCCUUUCGCUUUUACAAUUCAGCGGAAAAAGCAUACGACGUCUCAUCGAAAGUUUACCAUUACUGAAAGAGAAAAUUCAUUAUAAACCAGUAUUAGCGGCUUUACGAAGUAUAAUUGAACAAACGAAGAAAAAAGCGGAUGCAAAAACAGUUUGUCUAGAAUUAGAAGAAAAAAUACAGGAACUUAUGGACGCUAAGGAUAACGAAACGAUAGAUAAUGAGAUAACAGAUAGUCAUUUAAUGCCACCACCAUCUACUGUGCCAUGGAACAAAAAAAGUAUUCGUCGAAGUAGACGUAAGAGUAUGAGCGAUGAAGAUGAAGAUAGCUCCGAUGACUCUGAAGAAGAUGAACCUAUUAUAAAAUCAAAAAAGUCCACUAAAGAAAAUAUUUCUUAUACAAAGUCGAUUAAGGAUAGUAAUGAAGAUAAUUCUGAUGUCAAUAAAGACUCAAUUACUUCGAUAUCAAUGAAACACGGUAAAAGAAAAGAACGCGCAAAGGAAGACAUAAACACGCUUAGUAAUAUUAACUCAUCGCCUUCUCCAAAACGAACUAAAUCGUUGCGGGAAACUCCAACAAGGAAUUCAGUUCGAUUACGCAAAUGA